AGUGGGAGCGUUUUCCGAGGGCAGUCAGCUGACUGUGACCCGGACACCGCAGUAUUGAACACGUUCAGCGGGCGGACUCCCGACUUACGAAAACCCCGCGUUCUGACGUCAUACGCACUCCGCCUUACGAACGCGCUCAGAAUAGACUACAGCAGCAACCUGGGCAGACGGUCAAGAUGGCGGCGGUGGUCGGGCACCUGGGUCGAGUGUGGAGCAGCCUCGGCAGGAGUUUUUACAGCCGUCGGUUCCUCACAGCCACCGUUCGGCGGGCUCUCUCGGCCAGUCAUGCACUUUGCCAGCAGCAGUUCACAUCCCUGGAUGAGAAGCCCCAGUUCCCAGGGGCCUCUGCAGAUUUUGUGGACAGGCUGGAGUUUAUUCAGCCCAACGUGAUAUCCGGCAUUCCCAUCUAUCGGGUCAUGGACCGGCAGGGACAGAUCGUGAACCCAGACGAAGACCCCAAGUUGCCGAAGGAGAUGGUACUCAAGUUCUAUCAGAAGAUGACACUGCUGAACACUAUGGAUCGCAUUUUGUAUGAAUCUCAGCGACAAGGUCGUAUAUCCUUUUAUAUGACAAACUACGGUGAAGAGGGCACACACGUAGGCAGUGCAGCUGCGCUGGAACCAGAUGACUUGGUGUUUGGACAGUACAGGGAAGCAGGUGUUCUAAUGUACCGAGACUUCCCUCUGGAGCUUUUCAUGGCGCAGUGUUACGCCAGUGCCAAUGAUGUGGGCAAGGGCCGUCAAAUGCCUGUUCAUUACAGCAGUAAAGACCUGCAUUUUGUUACCAUUUCGUCUCCCCUAGCAACACAAAUACCCCAGGCCGUAGGGGCUGCGUAUGCCUACAAAAUCAGCCAGGCAGACCGCGCAGUCAUCUGCUACUUUGGAGAAGGGGCUGCAAGUGAAGGGGACGCUCACGCAGGCUUCAAUUUCUCGGCCACUUUGGAGUGUCCCAUCAUAUUCUUCUGCAGAAACAAUGGCUAUGCCAUAUCGACACCAACUCACGAGCAGUACCGAGGCGAUGGCAUUGCUGCCAGAGGUCCUGGUUAUGGUAUAAUAUCGAUCAGAGUGGAUGGGAAUGACGUCUUUGCUGUCUAUAAUGCCACUAAGGAAGCUCGGCGUAGAGCAGUGGCCGAAAACCAGCCCUUCCUCAUUGAAGCAAUGACUUACAGGAUUGGCCAUCACAGCACCAGCGAUGACAGCUCAGCCUAUCGAUCCGUGGAUGAAGUGAACUACUGGGACAAGCAGGAUCAUCCCAUCUCUAGGCUCCGGCACUACAUGGAGAACAAGGGAUGGUGGGACGAGGAGCAGGAAAAAGCAUGGAGAAAGCAGUCUAGGAAACGGGUGAUGGAAGCCUUCGAGGAGGCUGAACGUGCACUGAAGCCCAAGGUGGACUAUUUGUUCUCAGACGUGUACGAAGAAAUCCCAGUCGUGCUGAAGAAACAGCAGGAGGCCCUGCAGAGGCAUCUGAAGAUGUAUGGAGAGCACUACCCCCUAGACCAUUUUGAAAAGUAAAUACCACACUCUUGAUUCUCAGCUCCACCCAGCACACCUCCAUGUGCAUGUCAAUGAGUUUCAUCUCAAGUCAACAAGAUGGCUUCCAGUUAACCCCCUGAUUUCCAAAAUGUAGGCUGAUUAUGGUGAACCUUUGAUGUCCUUUCAGUUUCUCAUCCUGUAGAUCUGAGUUGUGUUGGUUGUUGGGUAUUGGAGGCGUCUGAUGGCUAUUAACCUGGCAGAUGGUGAAUUCCUGAUUUCCCUGUCCCCUCGCAGCACAAAUAACUCAAAAUGAAUGAUGUCAAGUGUUCCGUACACCUGUAAGCCAGUUGGCUGAAGGUAUAUGUCACGGUAACACAGAAAACAUUAUUUCAUACAUUCAGAUAAAAGCUUGGUUAAAAGAAAAAAGUAAAAAUCAGUUAAAAGGGCCAAUUUUUCUUCCUUGACUGAAGUAUUCCACCAGGUUUAGGAGGAGAGAUGAUGUUCUGAUAUUUGGUUUGUGUUUUAUUGGCCUCUGUUUUGGUCUGUGGAUCUCAUAUAUUUCCUAAUGUGUUCUGACUACAAAAUAGAGCUUGUUGUGUUGAGAAUAAUUACAAAGAUAAGGAAGCAAAUCUUUUGGACCUUGUUUCAGUUGCUUCUGUCAGCUCUGCCAUCCUUUGUAUUAAUGGAAAUGACACUUUGCCUUCUGCAGUAGUCUCGUGGUUUUAGGUGUCCUCUAGGGCCGUUAGGAACUCUAGAAAUUCUCCUUGAAAGUUCUGUGGUGAAUUACAGAAAGGGGAAAGGAACCUGGGUUCCCAGCUGUCUACCCUUCAACAUAGGCUCAGAUCCAGAGAGUCUGCUGCAUCCUGUCUCACAUCAAUGGGAACCAGAUAAUUCCCGCAGAGUAUGGCCCACAGGAAUCAAAGCUUCGAGCGCAGGGUGAGGGUGUGUGGAGUCCAAUGUUGGGACAAAGAAGGCAGAAAAGUGAAAAAAAUGUGGACAUGAAAAAUAUUAGCACACUCUGCUUCAGUCCAUGGGAAGUGCUGGUCAUUGAUGCUGGCGUUGGCCCAGAAUAAGACUAAUAUUGACAUCUGUACAUCACCUCGGUGGCUUGUACAUCCCAGAGCUGCUACUGCGCAUCUUUGCUUAUAUGACCAUAAAGGCCAUUUAGCCCUUUUCACUGCUGACCCUGUGGCUACCCUUCUGUGUUAACCCCAGUUCCCAGCAUUUGGCUUAAGUGCUGCCAGUGACCUAGCUUCUACUACUCUCCCAGGCAGUGCUUCUCAUGUAAUUUCUGCUGAAGGUCCCUCUCACGGUCUGUCCUGAUGCAGGGCUUCAAUCUGAAAUAUCGACGGUUCCUUUCCAUAGUUGCUGCUCAACCCACUGAGUUCCUCCAGCUGAUUGUUUGUUGCACCCUCAGAUCCACUCUAAGUCUCUCUCCCACUUCCCCUAAACCCAUCUCCACUAGUUCCAUCUGCCUGAUAUGGAGAAAGAUUUCCUGCAGUCUGCGUUGUCAACACCUCUCAGAAUUUUAUGUACCUCAAUCAAGGUCUUGGCCAAAAUCGUAUAGCUGCCAUCUUCAGACUUCAUUGUAGUCUGAAUACUUACGGUGAAAUUCAGAGCCAGACUUUCCUCUCGGUGUACCCAGGACUCAGAUGGGGACCUGAUUUCAGGUACAGUGAUGUCAGUAAUACAAAGGUUUAUGGCAGUGGUGGAGAAGAGCUGAGAAACCUGCUGAGAUAACUGAGGAUCCAUCUUCAGCUGUUUACAGGACAUUCUGUUUCCCCUCAGCUUUUUCUUCACAAUGGAUGUAAUCAGAUCUGACAUUGCCUUCCUGAUAUUGCACAGUAAUUCAUAAUGCUUGCAGAUACUGCUGUGCUAUAGAGCAGACAGUUAAGAUAAUUUCUAAGUUCUCUUGUUGUGUGGGAAUGACUGCCUUUCCUAACUUAAGACACAGGCGCAUAAUCAUGACUGGGACAAUGUGGUCUUCAGGAAACGACACAGCUCUCUGAUGACAAACUGAAGUCACCAAAACCACUGGCUUGCGGGUCAUGUUCCUUCUCCAGUAUCUCACCACUUUCCAGCAUAAACAGCAGUACCGAUGUAAUCCAGUGGUGUUGGCUGCGACACUGCACGUAGUCAGCUGGUUGUGAGCAUAAACACCCUGUAGCAAUGUCCAUAUUGUGAAGUCAUUUAAAGGCUUUGUAUUUCACAACACUUCAGGUAGUGGAUUACCAAGUAUUAAAACAAAUGGAGGAACUAUGCCAGGAACUAGCUCAGUCAACAGACCGCAAGGUCAUUCAGCAGUAACACAGCAGAGCAAUGUGAUGUUAGCAGGUUCCCCCUUCCACCACAACUCUAGGUUACAGGUUUCUCCUCAAAGCACACACUUGAAUUCAAAACAUAUAAUGUGAUCCAAAAAGAUGUCUCUUUGGACACUUUCUACCUUCUUGCUUGUGUGUAACGAGAGAGGAAAGGGGACACAGUGCCUUAAGCUUAUUUGCAAGUGGACAUUGUGAUUUGAAUAAACUGACGAGCCCCAGUGCUUUAAAGUCUUCAAUGCAAAAGGUGAAGAAGGUCUAGUAGAUGUUUUUUCUCUGUAAUGAGCCCUGCACAUCUUCCACCACCACCCAGUUUUUCUUCCCCUUGUUGCACAAGGAGACGUAUGUUAGUUGCUGUCCCACAAUUUACUCUCUUCUGCUUCAUAGCUGAAAUAGUUGCUAAGUCUGCUUCCUACAGUGUUCCCAAAACCUCUUACACUCCUUCAGCAAUGACUUGCUCAAAGGCUGUGACAUAAAAUAAUGUUUUACUUUUAAUGCCCGCCCCCCCCCCCCACCCCCCCGCAUUUGGUAGUAUUAAAUAUUUCAUGUUGGUUCUAAAGCAUCAGUUGGUGUUAAUUUUCAUUUUGAAUAGAGAUGAGACUUGGAUCUAUGCUAUGGAUGGAGUCACUGCAAAUCAGUUUGUUCAGCAACGACCUCUCUAAUCAAAGAGUUGUGUUUACUAGAGCACAGCUAAAGCUCCUUAUACCAUUUUCUUGUCCAAAGGUGGUCCCAGUAGUGUAGGGAAUUUAUUUGAGACUCUGGGAUCCUCCAGAAGGGUUGCAGACCAUUCCAGUGGCCACUUCUGGCUGCUGAACAUGGGGCAUCCUUCCCAACAAAGAGAUGAAGCUUACUCAGUUUACACUAAGCCACCUCAGCUAAAUCUAAUCCAUGUACGUUUCUGUGUGAAUGGUGUGUGGUAUUCAAUAUUCUCUUUAAUUAUCCAUGGUUCAUACUUGAUUUCAGAACCUUUAAUUUCUUGCAUUGGUUUAAUUUGUAUUGGUGUAUCCGGAAAACUGGCUUUGUAAGUGUUCUGUCAAGAACUUCCUGUUGCUCUGUAAACUCUCCGGCAACUUCAUAGUCAAUACAGUGUGACUUGCUGCUGUUAAUGUGCCAAUUUAAAGGUAACUUAGACACUAAAUAUAUGUUGCCGUGAAGUUGAGAGCUAUACCGGAGAAUGCAACUCAGGGGAAGAGGGUUUGAUUAUUGUCUAAAGUACAUUAGGGAGUAGCCUCAGCAAAUCUGAAUUUCAUUGCUAAAGUCUGUUACAAAAUAUAAAUGUAUUAAAGUUGUGUAUAUUAUCAUUGAUAGUUGAGGGAUAAGAAUAAAAAUAAUCAAAAUGGUGAGUAAUUGUGCUUUGUAGACUUGGCAGUUGCUAUUAAAGGUCAGAUGUUUGACAUAAAAAAAUCAACUAAUAUUUUCUCUAUUGUAUGGAGCAGAAAUGGAUCUGCAACAUGGUUGGAACUGCUACUAUAUAGUGUACUCUGUAAUCACCUCUCUAUGCUAACGGUUGUUCUGAAUAAAGGACAAUUAAAGCUCAUUAAGCCAGCCUGUAGCUAAAGGUGUUUGACCUUGGCCGUCAACUUCCUGGAGAGAAUUUCCUGUCAGGGAAACCCGCUUGGAAUUUUGAACAUGUGACAUCUAACUUCCCUCCUGUGUGUUGGAAGAGUCGAGAUGCUCCUUAAACUGUGGUAUCCAGACCCCCCCUCAUGUAACCUACUCAUUAACUGCCAGGGAGCAUGGAAGGAGCACCGUAGGGUUUCUAAGAACUUCCUGUGAUGGAAAUGGCAAUAUUUUCAUGGAUGUCUGUUACAACUGACUCAUUAACAAGUGCAGGUGGAUGUUACCUUAGUCUGCCUUAGUAGCAUGUGUAAAGAUAUGAGCAAUAAAAGUUGUAUUUAAGAACAAA